CAGUGAUUUUGAAGGUCAAACUAUUCGAGCAAGAUUUCCGCGCUGUGUGUAUAUGUAUUUUAAUGUCAAAAACAUUGCAAACGGUAUUAUUUGAAACAAUUCAACGUAGACAGUCUGUGAUACAAGUAUUUUAACAUAAACUUAGCGCGAAUUUUCACUUCAAGCACGCCAAUUCACACCAUCGCCGCCACAAUGUCCAACAAAUUCGAUGCGCUCAAACAAAACACAGAAAGCUCGGACAGCGGUAGCGGCGAAGAUGACAUGAACAACGGCCUUUUAGACCUGGGCCCCGUUGACUACCCACCUAACGAGCACCGACUGCAGCACGCCUAUUGCUUGUGGUACUCACGGCGGCCCAAUUUAUCAGCGCGAGCCGCAGCGGGCCAGGGUUACAGCUCACAAGGAUACAGCCAAGCUUUGCAGCUAGUUGGGCAGGUGGCAACUGUGGAGCAGUGGUGGGCUCUAUACAGUCACAUUAUUAGACUGCAUGACCUACCACUGCAUACUGACCUGCAUCUCUUUAAAAAGGGUAUUCAACCUAUGUGGGAAGACCCUGCUAAUAGUAAAGGUGGCAAGUGGGUGAUUCGCGUGCGAAAAGGGCAGGCGAGUCGUGCAUGGGAAAAUCUUUGUAUGGCUAUGUUAGGUGAACAAUUUAUGGCUGGUAAUGAAAUUUGCGGUGUGGUUGUCUCAGUCCGAUAUCAAGAAGACCUGCUGAGCAUUUGGAAUCGCACCGCCUCGGAUCAAAUAACCACAGCUAGAAUUAGAGAUGCUCUCAAACGAUUACUUAAUUUACCUCUCAACACCACCAUGGAGUACAAAACGCAUAAUGAUAGCCUCAAAUAUUAGUCCUGAUCUUCCGCAAGCUAGCUACCUUUUAAUAUUUGAUUUUGUUUUCUUCCAAAGUAUUUGUACUCACUCCUAAGAAAUAAAAGCGUUAACAUCGAUCGAAAUCAAAUACUUUUGGGUAUUGCUCAUUGUCUGUUGUGCUUUUUCAAGGGCUUGGAAGACAGUUCCGACUCCGACAAAGAGUUGAUCGAGGUUUUUCAAGCAUUUGACCAGAUAGAGAAUUUUAUCGCUAUGCCAUUGUUAAACAAGAAACUGUAUAUUACGUUUACUUAUAUAUACUUUAUUUGUGUCAAUAAAUUUUCAAUUGAAUCUAG